AUGAGUCACAUACUUGCUCAGCAGCGAAACCAAACUAGUUAUUUGUAAUCUUUAAUCCCGAUAACAUCAAAAACCAAACAAAGUCCACCAAACCUGCAACGUUGCAAACAAGAGACACCCAGAAAUCCAGCACCCCCCUCCAAACCCAAAAAAAAAAAUAAAAAAAAUCCAGUCUUAUGAGAGAGAAAGAGAAAUUUCAGCUCUUCUUUCCCGUCAAACCAGAAUUUCAUUAAAAUAUGCUUGAAAUUUAACUGGGUUUGAAGUUAUCUUGAACAAAGUGGCUAAAUUUUUGGUGGGUCUUUUGCAUUCUACCCAGAAAAUAUGUGGGGUUUUGGAGGAAGGUAUUAUUGGGGGAGGAGAGAGAGUGGGAGACAUACAGAAGGAAUAGUUGUUGUAUUCGCUUGGAUGUCCAGUGAAGAGAGACAUUUGAAGCAUUACAUCGAUCUCUACGCUUCUUUGGGUUGGAAUUCUCUUGUUUGUCACUCUCAAUUCCUCAAUUCGUUCUUCCCUGAAAAGGCCACACUAUUGGCUCUAAACAUUUUGGACGAGCUUAUAGAGGAGCUGAAGACAAGUCCUUGCCCUGUUGUUUUUGCAUCCUUUUCCGGGGGUCCAAAGGCUUGCAUGUAUAAAGUUCUCCAGAUCAUUGAGGGUAAAUGUGAGAGACAUGAAAAUCUGAUUAAAUAUCAAGUGGUUAGAGAUCGCGUUGCCGGCCACAUUUUUGACUCCAGUCCCGUGGAUUUUACCAGUGACUUGGGUACUCGUUUUAUUGUUCACCCAUCAGUUCUUAAAGUGUCGGACCCACCAAGAUUUGUGUCGUGGAUAGCAAAUGGUAUUGCUUCUGGUUUGGAUGGCCUCUUCCUUAGUAGGUUUGAAUCACAACGAGCUGAGUACUGGCAGACUCUAUACUCUUCAGUUACCAUGGGAGCACCAUACCUAAUUAUGUGCUCAGAAGAUGAUGCUCUUGCUCCCUGUGAAACUAUUUGCAAUUUUGCACGCCGAUUGCAGGAACUUGGUGGUGAUGUGAGAUUAGUGAAGUGGAUCAGCUCGCCUCAUGUAGGUCAUUAUCGACAGCAUCCAGUUGAUUACAAGGGUGCUGUGACUGAGCUACUGAGAAAGGCAUCUGCCGUUCAUUCACAAAGGAUACCGCGGCUUGAAGGUGGGAUGAUGGGCUUUGAGGGUUCUCGUGAUGAGAUCUCUGAACCACUGGGUGACCUAAGGAAAGCCGCAGCCAGCUCAAAUGACAUCUACAAGAGAUUCUCAAUUGACCUACCAGAACAUGCCAUUGUGCCCAAAAGCUCGUUUGAGUAUCAUGGAGGUGGAGCUGUUGGAUCAGUUCAAGAUGAGAAGCCUGCCCUCGUCCACCUACCUAGCCCGCCAAGGAUUAAUGCUAACGGAGUUCUUGGUCAAAUACUCUUUGAUGUAUGUGUCCCAAAGAACAUCGAGGAAUGGGAUGUAGGGUCAUUGACGUCCUUGCGUCAUUCACCAUUUCCUCCAACAAGGAGGCACUCCAUGCAUUUUAAUCCCAUUAAAUGCAUACGACGCUCAAGAUUAUGAUUUCCGUGUCUGAACUUUCUGUGUGGAUUCAGAAUGUAAUGUAGAUUUUUGAGAGUGAAAUGGAGUUCCUCCUAACUCAUGGCAAAUGCCGAUUGCACUUCAUUGAAACGACGGAGGAAUCGUAUGGAAAAGGGCAAGUAUUACAGAAGUUGGAUUGUCUUUGAUUGAAGCCAUAGGCUGGUUCUUUGGCACACUGAGGUUCGAUAAGAGCAGCGUCCUUUGCAAGCUUCACCAGAGAUGGAUUAUAACUUUAUGUAAAAAUAUACAUAUAUACUAAAUAUACUAAUAUAUUAUAUAUGUGAAUUAACAUUAAUAUAGUUUUCUGAAUACUAGCUAUAGAUUGCUGGAUUCUCAUACAUGUAAAUGCCAGUUUGCGUAAUGGUUCCGCUCAUAUUCUAAAACUCAUGACAUCCUUUUUACACUUGUCAAUCAGAAGCCCUAGCUAUUAUGAUUUGUCA